CGAAGCUUGUCGCUCCAGGGCUUCCGUCCGCGCGGCGGGGCGGAGCCGCGUGUGUCCUUCCGCGUUUGCCGUAGCCCGACAUGGCGGAGUAUUCCUGCGUUAAAUCCACCAAGCUCGUCCUGAAAGGGGCGAAAGAGAAAAGCAAGAAGAAGCACAAGGAAAAGAAAAGGAAAAGGGAGGAGGAUGCGGCAGAGCAACUUGAUAUUGUUGAUGAUGAAGGCCCUAGUCCUCCUGAACAGUUUACAGCAGUAAAGUUGUCUGAUACAAGGAUUGCUCUGAAGUCUGGUUAUGGCAAAUACCUUGGUAUAAAUUCAGAUGGACUUGUUGUUGGACGUUCAGAUGCAAUAGGAUCAAGAGAGCAAUGGGAACCUGUCUUCCAAGAUAAGAAAAUGGCAUUACUAGCAGCAAAUAGCCGUUUUAUUAGAUGUAAUGAAGAGGGAGACAUAGAAGCCAAAAGCAAAACAGCAGGGGAAGAAGAAAUGAUAAAGAUUCGUACUUGUGCUGAAAGAGAAGCUAAGAAGAAAGAUGAUGUUCCACAAGAAGACAAAGGAAAUGUUAAACAGUGUGAAAUCAAUUAUGUAAAGAAAUUCCAAAGUUUUCAAGACAAAAAGCUUAAAAUAAGCAAAGAAGAUACAAAAGCCCUUAGAAAAGCCAGGAAAGAAGGCACUUUUCAUGAAAUGCUGCUUGACAGGAGAGCAAAAGUGAAAGCGGAUAGAUACUGCAAGUGACAACCAGCUGGUCCAUUUUCUUCUGCAUCUUUGAUGAUAGGGUCAAAUUGAAAACAAUAGUAAAAUGUUUUAUAAUUAUUUUUUAUUGAAGGUGUUUUGCUGAUGUUUUUAUUACGUUAUUUUUAAAGAAUUGCCUGAGAGCUAUAAUUAAGCAUCAAACUAACGUCAUCUUUCAGUAAUGAAUACUAUUAAGUUUACUCUAAAACUACAUGCUAUUGAAAUAGUGAGAUAAUUGUUUAAUGGAAAAGAAGUUGACCCACUGAAUCUUCCAAGGCUGAUGUAAGGAACCUGAACUUAGAGACAGGGCAGAAGAGAACAACAAUGAAGUUCAGAAGUAAAAUAUGGUUAACACAUUGAACCAUUAAGAAAUAUGUAACUGUAUUGAACAAGAAGUAAUUGAAAAUGCAUGUCUUGGAAUGCAUCCUACCAGAUCCUGAGUAGGAUGUCUGUGGAACUAUUCUACACUGCAUCAGGUGAGGACUGGGCCAGAAUAUUCAGGCUUCAUAAAACAAUGUUCAAAACAGACCCACUGUUUAAGUUGAUAAGUGGCGUAAUGCAUAUGCUGGAAAAGGUGUUGACAAGUCACAAGAACCCUGUUACAAAUGAAAAUGCACGUGCUUCGUAAGAAAAGGGGAUGGCUUUUUUGUGUUAGCAGGCCGCUUAUUUUACAAGAGGGAAAAACUGAUUUUGCAAACUUCCUGGUUUCUCUAUGGUAUGGACUUUAGUUUGUUUAAUAAAACAGCAGGGACUU